AAACAACUGGAUGAGACUAUUUGCUUCAGCCUCAUUGACGUCCUGCUGUAUGUCCUGGAGGUACUGUGUUUUUCUAUGCAUGGAAGGAGCUGCUCCGUUUGCUCUUUCAGGUGACCUGCUGCUGCAUGUUUAUGUGUCUGCCUGUCCUCCACAGAGCUCUGCUACCCUGGAUGAACAACCAAACCAUGCUGGUUCCUCUCCAACAGCCCAUUGUCUUUGAAAUCGAGGGCUUUGAUAUUCUUCCAGGCUCCGGGCCUUUCUUCUUCCUCCUGGCUCUGCUGGUCUACAUGCUGGUGCUGCUGGGUAACGGGGUGGUGGCGUGUGUCAUCAUCCUGGACAAGAAGCUGCACAGACCCAUGUUUGUGAUGAUCUGUCACCUGGUGGUGUGUGAUCUGAUGGGAGCCACGGCGGUGCUGCCUCACCUCAUGAUGGAUUUUCUGAUGGGUCAGAAGAAGAUCAUUUACCCAGCAGCCAUCAGCCAGGCCUUCUGCAUCCACUUCUACGGCGUGGCCGUGCAGACCAUCCUGGGUGCGAUGGCUUAUGAUAGGUAUGUCGCUGUGUGCGAGCCGCUCAGAUAUCAGACCAUCAUGACGUCGACACGGAUGCAUCUCUGUUGUGCUCUGGCCUGGUUGGUCGCCUUCGUGCUCAUUGCCAUCCUCUUCUCCUUUCACCUAAACGUGCCGCUGUGCGGCAAAACCAUUCAGCAUGUGUACUGCAGCAACCGCGGCAUUCUGAACCUGGCCUGCAUCCCCACCCCCGACAACAAUGUCUACGGACUUUCCAUGACCUGGUCUUUGAGCACGGCAGUCUUCGUCAUCAUCGCUUUUUCCUACAUCAAAAUCCUGACUGUUACUUUGAAACAAGGCAGAACAGACAGCAGUGUGCGAAGCAAGGCCUUUCAAACCUGCUCGUCCCACCUCAUGGUAUACAUCCUCUAUCAGAUAGCUCUACUUAUUGUUAUUGUGAGCCUCAGGUUCCCCACCGCCAAAAACAUGUGGAAGUUCUGUAGCAUCAUGAUCACCAUCUUUCCUCCAGCUGUCAACCCCAUCAUCUAUGGCUUGGUCAGCAAAGAGCUGCGCACCAGCAUCAUCCAGAACUUCUUUGGAUGGGUCAAGAAAAAACAGCUUGGUUUUAGAACAUCAUGA